UUCCCUCUUUUGUCUGUUCCUCGCGACGUUUCCUGGCUUUGGGCUUUCGGAUUUGAGAUCAUUUCUGCUUUGAACAAAAAAAAAAAACUGUAACAUUUGUCGCAGUUUCUUAUUGGAAGUAAAAACUGUUGGCUUUUCGACUUGCUAGAUCCUUUUUAGGGUUUGAUUUUGAAGUAAGUUUUGGAGAUGGGAAUCUGGGCUUUGGUCGUAUGAGUAGGAGAAAGGUAAAAGAAAGGGAUGAACUUGAGCCCAUUGAAGUAUCUAUGUGGGGAUCAUCACCUGUGUGUAUGGUCGCUCCAGAAUUUUCCCGGAAAAUUCAGAUGAUAGAACAUGAAUUUGAAGCCCGAAUCUUUAUGUUUUUUUUUUAAAGUUUUGUUUAAUCAAAUCCUGCGCGUUAGAUUUCUUUGAUCAGAAUCAGUGUCCACAUUAUCUUUCCAAAACGAUUAUUUCAUGUUUGAGCCCAUGUUGCGUAAAGAUCGGGAACAGACAGAAGAACGCAAACCUGUCUUGUUGCGUGCUCUUCGCAAAAUCUGUUUGCGAAAUGAUUUCCUCAUGUUCUUUUUAAGAUAUCAUUCUAUUGAAAGAGUUCAGCUUUAUGACACAUUUAACUCACACAAUCUGUAAGAUUGCUAUAUCAAUGGUAUCUGUAUCUCCUGGUUGCUGCUGUAAUCUUUCUCGUAUCUAACAUCCUUAUCCCGACAUGAGGAUUGGUAAAUGAUUAAGACAGGUUAAUAUGGGAACUUCUCUUCGAUCUUUGCUGCUGCCUCUGUUGGUGUCGUUCUUGUUUAUGUCCUUGGCCUCGUCCGGGAAAAACGAUGAUGGAAUGCUGAGAAUUGGAUUGAAGAAGAUCAAAUUGGACCGCAAUAACUGGGUUGGUUUGAAGAACUGGUUGUUGGCUCCAGGAGCUCGUCACCGAGAUUAUCGAAUGAGCAAUGGAGCUGCCGAUAUUGUUGCACUCAAAAACUACUUGGAUGCACAAUACUAUGGCGAAAUUUCGGUUGGUACCCCGCCUCAGAAGUUUGAGGUGAUCUUUGACACUGGUAGCUCAAACCUAUGGGUACCAUCUUCUAAAUGCUACUUCUCGAUUGCGUGUUUCUUCCACUCGAAGUUCAAGUCCAGCGAGUCAGAGACGUACAGAAAGAACGGAAAACCUGCUUCGAUCCGUUACGGGACAGGUGCUAUUUCCGGUUUCUUUAGCAACGAUGACAUUACAAUCGGAGACUUGGUUGUCAAGAACGAGGAAUUCAUAGAGGCGACUAGCGAGCCGGGAAUCACAUUCGUGAUGGCAAAGUUUGACGGUAUCCUCGGGUUGGGGUUCCAAGAGAUUUCUGUGGGAAAUGCAACUCCAGUUUGGUAUAACAUGGUAAAACAAGGACUGGUUAAGGAGCCGGUUUUCUCGUUCUGGUUAAACCGAGACACGGAUGACGAGGAAGGUGGUGAGAUCGUCUUUGGAGGCGUUGAUCCCAAACACUUUAAAGGGCAGCACACAUUCGUCCCCGUGACACGGAAAGGUUACUGGCAGUUUGACAUGGGCGAUGUCCUCAUCGAUGGCGAACCAACUGGUUACUGUGAAGAAGGUUGCUCCGCCAUUGCUGACUCCGGAACUUCUCUGCUGACGGGCCCAACGAGCGUCAUCACGAUGAUCAAUGAAGCGAUCGGAGCAGAGGGAGUCGCCAGCCACGAGUGUAAGAUGAUCGUUGAACAUUACGGGAAAACCAUCCUGAAACUGCUCCGGGCACAGGUUCACCCAUUGAAGGUCUGCUUCCUGAUGGGAUUCUGCCUUUUCGACCGCACACGCAGUGUUAUACCGGACAUAGAGAUGGUCGUGGACAAGAACGAGGAGAGAGUGUCCGGCGGUGAGAACGGCUUGAUGUGUGUUGCAUGCGAGAUGGUGGUUGUCUGGAUGCGGCACGAGCUGAAACGGAACCAGACGGAAGAGCGUAUUCUCAACUACGCAGAUCGGCUUUGCAGCCAGAUUCCAGCUGCAGGUUUACCAUCAACAGUGGACUGCAAUAACAUUCCGACUAUGCCAACCGUCUCGUUCACGAUCGGCGGAAAAGCUUUCGACCUCUCCCCUCAAGAUUACAUAUUCAAGGUAGGGGAAGGAAUUGAAGCUCAGUGCACCAGUGGUUUCACCGCCAUGGAUGUCCCUCCACCUCGUGGACCUCUCUGGAUCUUGGGAGAUAUCUUCAUGGGAUCUUAUCAUACUGUGUUCGAUUACGGGAAAGUCCGAGUCGGGUUUGCCAAAGCGGCUUAAGAACCUGGAAACCCGACAUCUACCAACACCAACACAAUCUGUCUUCUCUAUAUCUGUCUUUGUUUCAUCAUCUGUGGAUACUAUGUGGUAAUCGCUGUAAUAAUAAUUUGAAAGAAAUGAAAUGCUCUCUCCUUCAAAUUUCUUUA